CGUACGGUCAUAGUUCAACAUACACGGGUUUCCCAAUUGUGUGCAAUGACGAGACCGCGGUUAUAGUUCGUGGGGUACGCGAUAUAAGACGCGUGCGGUGUCCCGCCGCAACAGUUGACGAUCGCUAAGGGUCCUGUGUGUGUUGUGAUUGUUUUUACGAUGUGUUCCACAAAAUGGUUGAUAUGCGCGUUGGUGAUGGUAUGCGUGGCCGUGCGACAAGCCACAACAGCGCCCGCCGCGCAGCAAGAAGAUCCGCCUAUGCCUUAUGAAUACAAAUACGACGUGGAAGACCAAGAGAAGGCGCUCUUCUUCGGAGCGAACGAGGCUGGCGAUGCGCAAGGCAAAGUCAAUGGCGGCUACAAAGUACUCCUGCCUGACGGUCGUCUCAUGACUGUGGAAUAUACUGUGGAGGGAGACAGUGGAUUCGUGCCGAAGAUCAGUUUCGAGGAUAAUGCUAAUCCGUUCGGGAAAGGGAAAUAAGUGAAGCAUGUAAUACUUGGAUUGAGAAGCCUGUUCCUGAUUGGAAAAGAUAGUGUGAUUAAAACGUAACAGCAUUCGUAACUUUUA